AAAGGUCAAAUUGAUACCUAAAUCAAUUUCUGGCUUUGCACUUGAACAUAUAAUUGUUAUGAGUUAUUAUUAGACAAAACUUGUCCAUAGACGCGUAAAAAGACGAGAAUUUUUUAGAAGUUGCUAAGGGAAAGAGACAAAGAGAGUCUGUGAGAUCUCUUUGUGGUCAGCGCUGCGUCUGAUGAUGGACGACGACGAAAAUGAGCUGAGCUGCCAGUUGCGGGCGCUGCAGGCGGCGCUGGCGCGCAAGAGCCGUCAGCUGCACCGCUACGACCGACUCCUCCAGACCAGACGCCACGCACGCGCGCGACGCGGAAAAACGCAGCAAGAUGGGCCAGACAGGAAGUCCGAGCGAGAAACCGGCCCCGAAGCUCCCUGUCCUGCUACCCGACGACUGUCCGCUGGAACACCAAACGAUAUAAACGCCCCUGGACUCAGUGGCCGAUGCCCUGCUAGGUCACCUCAAGCUGCCAAGCCAGUAGCAAACACAGGCUGGGGUGAAAAUAUUACAGAAGAACCAGCAACCGUUAGUCAAUUUCAUGCGUUUAGUAAUGACUCUGAUCGGUGGUUGAGAGACCCACCCUCGGCCAAAUCGGAUCAAAUGAUCGAUAGAGCAGUGAACGAAAUAAUUCAUGCUGAGUUGAAACAAUGUGAGCCUACGGUCCGGCACACGGGAGUGCAUGCAUCAGAUUCUGAAACACCGUUUCUUUCGGUGACAGUCACUGAUAAAGUUAACAAUCGGUCGGAAUCAACGGCUGGCUCGACUAUUGAGCCACUUCAGAUAGCCUCUGUAAAUUCAGCAGCUAGAUCCAUGACAGACGCUGCUCCAUGUGAAGCGGACUCACAUAUUCUGUCUGAUUCUGAUAAUACACAUCGGACCGAAAUUAUAAAAUUCGCUAUGAACGAUACCAGGUCACUUGACGAGAGCAAAUUGCCCGAUAACUUUCAGAUGAAUGAUACCUCUCCUACUGAAUUCGGCGGCAAUACUUCGAGGCUGGCUUCUCUUGAUGUGUCUGAGACAAUUUGUGCUGAAACUAAGAAAAAUGUGACCUUCCGAGAUGGCUCUCCCGAUAUUUUUUUCGUUUCUCAGGCUCCUACCAGCGUAGCUGACGAUGACGUCAAUGUUGUUCAGGAGACGGAAGAAUCUUCCACUGAAGACGAGGGCAAUGUGAUUAGUACACCAGCAACUAUGGCGCAUCAGUGUUUUGCUCCAUUCGGUAACCAAGCAAAAGACGAGAGAGGUCCGCGUAAAAACCGUGGGUGUCAUACUAGGCCUGGUUCUGUUUUUACGUCGACUAAACUUCAAGAUUUACUUGGCAAAUCGAGUAAUUUGCAAUCACUCAAGAAAGAAAUAACAGUGACCGAGGAACUCGAACUUCUCACUUCUCAGCAGAAUGAUUUAAAAAAGUGUAAAGAAAUUAACGAAAGGAUCGAUGUUCAAAUUCAUUCUGUUCCUGGUAUUGGAAGCGGCUCUCAUUUUUUCAGGGAAGACAAAGAAAAUUCACCUGAUUCAUCACCAAUCGCUUCGUCUAACGUUCGUUUGGCAAGCUCCUUAGAGUCAACUUGCCUGUCGCCGAUCAUCCCAAAAGACAAUUAUCAAUUUCGUCAUGACAAAUUCCAUUCUAGGAAACGUAAGCCAGAGCAUGAAGUUACUCUGAAAGCGAAAAAGGCUCAUAUAAGCAGUAAUCCAGGCAUGAAUGUCAGUCCUCGCCUACCCACAGAACGCCUAUGCGGUGAAAAGCUCGAGGAAAAGGCGAAGCGUCUUUCUGAUAUUGAAGACUCGACUAACGUACCAGUAAUUAAUGACACGCACAACUCGACAGCAGAACGGACCACGCUGGAGGUAGCUGACGUGCACGAAGGCGUCUUCCGUCGCUGUUACCAUCUUCAGAAGGACAAUAAUGUGAGGAUACUUCGGUGUUGCGUGCAACCUUGCAAUAACUCCUCAGGUUUUUGUUACAUUUUGCUGCUUCACGCUACGGGGCUUCAGAUAUGGUCAGGAGAUACAGCAACCCCUGAGAUGAGUUGGAUCAAAGUGACGGAAGAAAGCUACGACUUUUUACCAAAUGAAGGUGUUCCCGAGAGGUUGUUUGUUAGUAGUUUGCUGACUAGAUCGGUACACCCUAAAGACGAUUGCUGUGUCGAUGUGACUGCUGCAACUGAGUUACGAUGUCACGUUCAAAACACAACCACCGUGGUGCCUCCUCUGGAGAUUACUGAAGAGUUUGGAACUAAAGUUUCUCCGAGAGCUGCGAAUGAACUUUCUGAAACGUACGGUACAAUUUCUCCUUCCUACCCUCGCAGUCGCUUCUCCCAGCCGUCGAGAGCUGAGAUCUUCACGUCGUCAUCGCAAACAGCCACAAAAAAUUCUGAAUCGACGUCACUCAGCCGCUUUGUUAUCAUUUGGCCUCUUAAUUCGACGGGAACUUGGCGCGCAUUGUUGGUAGAGCUUGAUGCGCGGCAUAAUUGUAUAGUAGACCCACAAAUCUCACUGCUGGCAACGGAUUUUAAACUGCCAGGAACUGAGCGUGAAGAAGUUCUCUGUUGUGGCUGUGGAGGCUGGAGCCUUGCCCUCGCCUACAGCUCUACAAAUGAAGAGAGCAAUGUCAGUGUGAUAGAGCUGGAGGUUGUCCAUAGAGAGCGGUGGCAGCGACAAGAACUGUUAUGUGAAGUACGCCGUCUCAACACUACUUUCUUCUCAACGCCUCUUCGAGGUCUCAUGCCUCUGAUCUCGUCUUCGAAUCUGAAUCAGUUUACUGGCGUGGUUUUGGGCAUUGGUGACGAAUUCAUUUUCUUGCUGGAUACAAGACUCGACGUUUUAUUGAAGAAGAUCCCUCUCAACUGGAGUCCUUUGACUAUGGUAUUACAGAAAACUACUGGCUCUGGGGACCAAUUGGCAUCUUGUACCUCUGGUGCUAAUGAAUGGGAGGCGUCUUCCGCAUCUGAAAAUAAUUCAUCUACCGCUGUCGAUAAUAUUGACUUCACAGCUCAUGUAGAGUUAGGCCAAGGUGAAGAAGACAUCGCUGGAUCUAUUCAACAUUGUGAAUCAGCAACGAAGUCUUUUAAUAACGAGGCUAUUAUCGAAACCAUCGCCCUGGCUGUUCAUCAUCGAGAUCGGCUGGAGCUGCUGUGCCGGGAUUCGAGGGGGCGCUGGGUGAGCUGUUCCUGCGACCCAAGCUCCUCUCGGCUGGGUUUUAAUACUCGCGUUUUGACUGCCAAUGACGGGAAUUCGUCGUCGCCCUUCAGUGAACAGAAGCUCUCUUCCUCUGCAAUAUCCGGAGCUGCAUUGAUGGCGUCUGGUCAAAUUAUAAUAGUAGAGGAUUCUGGACUUAUUUUUUCAUUGCAAAAUCAGAAUAAGAACAACAUUUAUAAGUAACAGUGGAAGGAAUUUAAGCUUUUAUGGCUAUUCGGCGUUUUUGGCUGUACUUGAAUAACUCCUUAUUAAAUUUGGCCGGUAAAGUAGUCUGUAGAAUGGCCGAAGAGUCCCAGACAAGUGCUAAUCAAAUUUAAGCCACGCGUUUUCGAAGAGUCUGAACAGGAGGAGAAACAGCUCAUCUAGUUUGUAUGAUUGCGCUUAAAUCUGGUCGUAAAAUACGUCAGACUUACCGUUAUUGAGGCGGCGAACGUCGUAGCCACGAUAUCUUGAAAUACUGUCAUGGUUACUAAGGAGUGCAGUGUCACGGUAGAGUGCAGUGUCACGGUAGAGUACAGUGUCACGGUAGAGCACAGUGUCACGAUAGAGUGCAAUGUCACGGUAGAGUACAGUGUCACGGUAGAGUACAGUGUCACGGUAGAGUACAGUGUCACGGUAGAGUACAGUGUCACGGUAGACAGAAAACUGGUAGAGUACAGUGCCUCAAUACAGAGUACAUGGAAGAGUACAAUGUCAUGAUAGAGUACAGUGCCUCAGUAUAGUGUUGUUCGAGUCGGCACUGCAACGUUUGACGUUUUGAAGUACCGCUCUUCUCAUUAUAGAUAAAUUAUAAACAGGAAAGGUGAUUUUUUUUGGAUUGCGAUAUGCUGUUUU